UCUCUUGUUCGUCAAGUCUCAUGUCAGAUCUGGGUCAAACAGCGUCCGAGGAAGCCAUUUUAUUAGAACGUGGUUAUAAAUUAUCGAAAAAAAUCGGCGAAGGUUCUUAUGCUAAGGUUUACCAAGCCGAUUACAAAUCACAAUUUCGUUCAGUAAAGGAUUGCACGUUGGCUUGCAAGAUCAUCGACACGUCAAAAGCACCGAAAGAUUUCGUUCGUAAAUUUUUACCAAGGGAACUUGAUAUUUUAGUUAAAUUGAAUCAUCCCCACGUGGUACAUAUACACAGUAUCUUUCAAAGACGAACUAAAUAUUUUAUAUUCAUGCGUUUUGCCGAGAACGGUGAUCUUCUUGAUUAUAUCCUCAAAAAUGGUGCAGUUUCAGAGAAUCAAGCUCGCAUAUGGCUUCGACAACUGGCUCUUGGUCUUCAAUAUCUUCACGAAAUGGAAAUUGCACAUCGUGAUAUGAAAUGUGAAAAUGUAUUAUUAACAACGAAUUACAAUGUCAAAUUAGCUGAUUUUGGAUUUUCACGAUACAUGAUUGAUAAUCGUGGUAAACGUGUAUUAAGUGACACAUAUUGUGGUUCUUUGUCAUAUGCUGCACCGGAAGUCCUACGUGGUGCACCUUAUAAUCCAAAAUGUUCAGACAUAUGGUCCUUGGGUGUAAUUCUUUAUAUCAUAUUGAACAAAGCCAUGCCAUUUGACGAAACCAAUAUAAAAAUACUCUACGAACAACAGUUAGCACGUAAAUGGAAAUUUCGACGAAAAGUAGACGAAACAAUAAGUGAAAAUGCUAAGACCACUGUUAGCAAUCUUUUGGAACCUGACACAAAAAAACGUUGGCAAGUUGAUCAGAUAUUAUAUUGCGAUUGGAUAGCAAUGGAUCCAAGAUUAUUAAUUUUGACGCCUGCUGAACAAAGUGCACUUAAUAACGCGAUAGAGGAACGUAAAAGAAACGAAGAGAAAUUUUCUAAAAAGAAAUCUUCGAAAAUCGAAAAGAAGAGUGAAAAGCAGCACGAUAAUAUUAUAGAUGAUCCUGAACAUAUCCAUAUUUUAAAGGGUGCUACAAAGGCUAGAGUAUCAUCUCUUUUACCAACUGCCAGUCUUUUAAAAAACCUCGGAACGUAAUCGAAUAUCGUAUAGUAUAUACAGGUACAAUUGUAGUAUGGUUCUUAAUUGCAUUAUACAUAUCCCCAUAUCUUUGGACCUCUUACUAUUGUAUCCAUUUUUACUUCGAAGAGUAAGCUAACUGAACAAUGGAAAACUGAGGAUGCAAUUAAAUUAGAACGACGAUAUUGGAUAGAAACGUGUAUUACGUAUCCAACCUGGAAUUGUUUUGGACGAUGAGUUGAGUUUUCUAGUAAUCGGAAAACGAUUAAAGUUACGGUGCAAAUUCUUCCUAGUAAAUUGGUCUUUCUUUCAAGAUCUAAACGAUCGAUUUGAUCGUCUUAAUUAUUAUUACUGCAGCAAACCUAAUUCAUCUUCGUUUUUUUUUCAAAUCUAUCCUUUUUCGUUGGCACGUUGUAUUUAAUUGUAAGAGAUCUCACAUAAAUAUAUAUAUAUA